AUGGAAGGAGGCAGGGAUCCUUUCUUUGGUUUUGGUAACCCUUUUGGUAGUUUUGGUGGCUUUGGAGGUCAAAGAAGCCUAACGCCUAGCUUUUUUGGUGGGAAAGACCCAUUUGAUGAUCCCUUCUUCACACGCCCAAUUGACAACAUGUUUGAGUCAAGCUUAUUUGGUUCCACUGACCGUCCAUUUAUGGAUCCGCGUGCUCCUGGAUUUCUUGAACAACAGCCCCCACAACCCAAUAGAUCUAACGGGCCAAUUAUUGAAGAGUUGAAUUCUGAUGAUGAAAAUGAAGGAAACGAAAGUGGAAAGAACAAGAAUAAUAAUCCAAGGAAGCAUGAGAGGUCUAGCAAUGAGCCUUUCGUUGAGGAUCCUGAUGAUGAAGCUUCUGAGAAAAAAAGUAAGCAAAUGGCUUCCAGAAAUGAUCUUAACCAGAUGCAAAAUGUAAGGCUGCGGCCCCAAACAAGCAGCUUCACUUUCCAAAGCUCCUCUGUUACUUAUGGUGGUGCAAAUGGUGCAUAUCACUCUUCAUCUGGAACAAGGAGGACGGGUAGUGAUGGAUUAACAAUGGAAGAACGUAAAGAAGCUAAUUCAUCUACGGGUCGAGCAUCUCAUAUUCUGUCAAGGGGGAUCCAUGAGAAGGGUCAUUCUGUGGCACGAAAACUGAACUCAGAUGGUAGGGUUGACACAAUGCAAACCCUUCAUAAUAUUAAUGAAGAUGAACUUGUUGGUUUUGAGGAAGCCUGGAAAGGAAAAGCUAGACAACAUCCUGGCUGGAGCGAAGGAUUCAAUAUACAAGGUGUUACGGGAUCUGGAAGCAGUGGUCAGCAUGGGCCAAACAGGGGAGGUUUGGCGCUUCCUUCAACUCAAAGCUCAAACAACACAGGGAGCACAAAUCCAAACAUGAGACAUGGGUUGGGUCCUCCUCGUUCACAACAAUCGGGAAGGAUUGGUUCAUCACGGGGUAGAUCAGGAGUUCCUGGUGCCAAUGGUGUAGAUCCAACUAUGAGGCGUUAG